ACGCAAGAGACUGAAGAUUUAAAGGAGAAUCCAUAAGAAGUUUGCUCUCAUGUAUUUAUACGAUAACGAGGUUUUACGUUUGUUCGCCAAGCAUUAAUUUCGUGCUGGUUGGAUUACUGAAAAUCGGCCAGGUUAUAUUUUAAAGGGGUUGGGGCGGGGGUUAACAUGUCGAUCCAGUACGAGGCACCGCUGGCGGACAGUUACGGGGUGGCGGACUCGUUUCCCAAAGAUUUCGGAUAUGGAGAAGAAGGAGACAUUGAGGACAGUCCCACUCCCUCCGACAGCAAACCGAGAAUCCUGCUGAUGGGAUUGAGGAGGAGCGGAAAGUCCUCUAUCCAGAAGGUGGUGUUUCACAAGAUGUCCCCCAAUGAGACCCUGUUUCUGGAGAGCACCAACAAGAUCUAUAAAGAUGACAUCUCCAGCAGCUCCUUUGUCAACUUCCAGAUCUGGGACUUCCCUGGACAAGUGGACUUUUUUGAUCCAACCUUUGACUACGAGAUGAUUUUCAGAGGAACUGGGGCCUUGAUAUUUGUCAUCGAUGCACAGGAUGACUAUGUGGAGGCCCUUGGUCGACUCCACCUAACAGUAUCACGCGCCUACAGGGUCAACCCAGAGAUCAACUUUGAAGUGUUCAUCCAUAAAGUAGACGGCUUGUCUGAUGACCAUAAGAUUGAGACCCAGCGGGAUAUACACCAGAGGGCUAACGAUGACCUGGCAGACGCCAGUUUAGAGAAACUACAUCUCAGUUUCUAUUUGACUAGUAUAUAUGAUCACUCCAUCUUUGAGGCCUUCAGUAAAGUUGUCCAGAAGCUCAUCCCUCAGCUUCCCACGCUGGAGAACCUUCUCAACAUCUUUAUAUCUAAUUCAGGGAUUGAGAAGGCCUUCCUGUUUGACGUCGUCAGUAAGAUUUACAUCGCCACCGACAGUUCACCAGUGGACAUGCAGUCCUAUGAGCUCUGCUGUGACAUGAUCGAUGUGGUCAUCGACGUCUCCUGUAUUUACGGAUUAAAGGAGGAUGGCACUGGCAGUGCAUAUGAUAAGGAGUCUAUGGCCAUCAUCAAACUCAACAACACCACAGUGCUCUACCUGAAAGAGGUCACCAAGUUCCUCGCCCUGGUCUGCAUCCUGAGAGAAGAGAGCUUUGAGCGCAAAGGAUUAAUAGACUACAAUUUCCACUGUUUCCGGAAAGCCAUUCAUGAGGUGUUCGAGGUGGGCGUUUCCACCUCAAGGACAAGCACUCAGCCAGCUGGCACCCCUCUUAUGAAGACUGUUGCCUUAAACGGAACCCCCAGGAGCACUGUGUAGAAAGAUAGCGAUAAAGACAAUGAUGAAAAGUGUGGAGACGAAAGAAAAUGUAACAAAAGAGAGAGACUACAGGAUGGGUCGCAUUCUUUAUGCCGACCAUCAUUACUGCUCCCAAACGCUUUACAAGCAAAAGAGUUUGAAAGUCAUUAAAAUAAACUUGCUGCAGUGGGUGGGGCAGAAAUAUAACGUGGGCAAGCUUGCAAAGCUACAGAUGGAUGGAAGGGAAAAGGCACAAAAGAAGGUGGAACACUUUUUUUGUGACUAAAAGGCAUUAACAAACUGUUCCUCAAAAAAACAAGUAACAAUGUGCAAGUCACUGAGGAAAAAAAACAAAAGCACAGCAAGAAACCUCUCACCCUGUCAGGCCAAACCGCCUGACAACUUGGAUGAAUGCUGUAUGAUACUGUGCUGGUCACUUAACACAGUAGCCAAGUUUAAACGCAUACCCGGUUUACUCCUCAACACGUGAAUGUGGCAGACUUCUGUGAAAAUUUGUGGUGCACAAAAUUUGAGUGUACACUUCUGAAGCCUUACGUAGAGGCCUGUCUGAUGCAAGCCCUUAGUGCACACAUGCAUACUCGGUCACCUAAACAGCCCAUGUAUUGUGUAUGAAAGGUUAGUAAAGGGAUUGAUAUGUGGUUUUGAAUUUGUCUCGAGUGUGUUUGUGUGUGUGCACAUGCAUGUAUGCAGUGGAGAGGGAUAUGCACCAGUUUGAUGGCCCAGAGAUGUUGUGAAGUCACACGUGGGAGAGCGUUUGCGACUCCGAAGACUGAGAAAGAGCUGUACCGUUCCAUUUGACCUCUGGAACACUGUGAUUGCACUUACCUCGGAGGAUGUCAGGGAUCAUAACUAACAAAAUUCAAACUCCUAAUGCUGUACUGUUGCCGUCCAGUUACGUUACGGCAUCCUUGGCGUGUAGCUCAUGCAAUCCGAGGACAUUGUAGGAUGAACUUUAAUUACUUACAUUCCGGUUCUGAGGUGCCAAUGCAGUUUUGCUCAGAUUGAAAACUUUGCUUUCACUCUUCCAAUCACCAAUCAGCAUGUUGUUUGUGAUUCGGAGAAAAAUCUGCUAUAAAAUAAAGAAAUUAAGGAUAACUGAAGUGACAGGACAUUUGAAUCAGUUAAAUCCAUUCCAAGCAUGUCUGCAGAGAUGCUUCAUACUGUCUUGCAAUCAGCUCCACCUUUUCUAAUUUCAUUUAAUGAUAACUAAAUGAAAUAUGAAAAACAGAAACUGAUCUUCAAGCUUGCUUGUGAUUCUUGUUUCUCAGACUACAUAUAGGACACAAAUUAUGCUUGUCUUGCGUUUUGCCAAAGGUGUUAUCUUUCACAAGAAAUAAAACAUGUACACACACCGGAAA